UGAACAUCAGACGUUUUUAGUACUGUCGUGUAUUGUAUCUGGCAUAUUAGAAAGGACUGUUUUCUUCUUUUGGCGAUAAAAAACGGGUUUGAUUUUGUGACUGAAGAACAAUGAUGACAUACACAAUAACAAUUUUGCUAUUGGCAUUUCUUUUGGUGUUUGUGAAAACAUCCGAAUCAAAGUCGCUUUCAAUUAACCAGAGGGUUAAAUAUAACUAUAAGAACAGUAAGGAUAACAACUUUAUUAAACGUUCAAAAAAUAGCAAUGGGGAAGGAAAUGGAGUAGUAAAAUGUAAUGAUCACAACGAGUGUCCAGACGGGUUUGCCUGCCUAUUGCCUGGCUUUGAACAGGCAAAUUCAAAAGCAAACAAGAGGUGCUACCAAUGCAACUGUACAGACCCGAGUCAGUGUUUCUUUCAAGAUAAACAAAUGAAGUGUGAUUGCUGCGGCUCUGGAUUCACAGGACAAUUUUGUCAAAUCAAUAUAGACGAUUGCAUAAAUGCGGUUUGUUUAAACGGUGCUACCUGUGAGGAUUCAGUGAAUGACUACACCUGCCAUUGUACGCCAGGUUUCACAGGAACACAUUGUGAAAUAGAUAUAGACGAUUGCAUAAAUGCGGAUUGUUUAAACAAUGGCACCUGUGUGGAUUUAGUGAAUGACUACACCUGCCAAUGUACGCCAGGUUUCACAGGAACAAACUGCGGAAUAGUAAAUCCUUUAAGAAACUGCAGAAAAUGA